CCUAACUUCCUACCCCGCUCUCUCUCUCUUUCUAAAAAUCCUAUUACAAAAAAACCGGUCGAAACGAUACACCUUUUCUCUUUGAAACUUCCAUCGGCGAAGCCAUGGAAGUUAAGAAAAUAAUGCUCGUAAUAGCCAUAACCAUGGCUCUAUCCGUCACUCUCACCAUGAAGAAAUUCGAAAACUCAUCAACAACACUAGUAACAGAAACAAAGACAGAUCAAACAGACACAACAACCGUCAUCGAAGGUUCUUCAACGACGGCGACAACGACUAAGUUGGAACCGUCAAGAAGCCUGGGUCGAUUCUUAGCAGAAAAAGAAACGAGAAAUCCUAGAGCGGCAAGCCAUUGUCACAAGAACAAACAGAUGUGCGAGAAGAUACAUGGAAAAGGUUGGAAAUGUUGCAACAACAAGUGUGUGAACUUGAUGAACGAUAGACACAAUUGUGGGGAAUGCAAGAAGAAAUGCAAGUACACGGGAGAAUGUUGUCGAGGAGAGUGUGUCGAUGUCGCUUACGACAAACGCCAUUGUGGCCGUUGCAACAACCGUUGCAAGCCCGGUAAAUUUUGUGUAUACGGCAUGUGUGAGUAUGCAUGAUAUAUUCAAAAUAUAUUUAAGACAAUUACAAAAGGUCUCUUGGUUUAUCCAUUAUUUCAAUGGAUUUAUCUAAUUAAUCAUCUUGAAUUUUCUUGUUAAAAAAAAAGUAAUUUGAAAAAGUUUCAAAUACAAUAAAAAGGAAUCACAUAAUUUAUUAUAUUGUGUGGUUCUGGUCAAAAUAAUUACUACAGUUGAAUUAAAAAUAUAUAUUUAAAAUAAGAGUGUGGUGUUACAAAAGAAGUAAAAAAGAAAAAAAUCAAAUUUGAUUAAUUAUAUUUUGUGCCAAUGGCUAUUUUUUUUCCCCUUUUUUCCAUUUUCUUUUUCUUUUGGUUGAUUAAGGGAGGAUUUAUUUGUAACUCAAACAUAUUAUAUGCUUCACACCAAGUAUAUAUACCAUUUUUUUGUUCUCAUUA